AUGCAUCGCAUUCCCAGGAAUCCAAAGCACGGUGCCCGCCUCGACAUGGUGCCUGACCCCGUCGAUCUCAACCUGCCCCGACCCCUCGAGCACGUAUUAGACCUCUGCCUGACAAUGUUGGUGCAGAGCGAGUGUCCCGUUGGAAGGACAGGUCGCGAUUCCUACGCACAUGGAGUCGGAGCUGGUGCUCGGCUUGGAGAGGAGUGUUUGCCAGACCACGGUACCGUAUUUGGGGUCUGGGAACGAGCUGAAGGCUGUUUGGCUGAUUUGAUUCCCAUCGAGGAUCACUGGCGGAUCCUCAAGGUGAGCAGCCAGACCAAGCAACUUGCCGACUCUAUCCACACUCCAUAUCUGCUCCGUUUCCUAUUAUCAGUGCUAUGGGGAGUAACGUCGAUACUUACUUUCCAGUACAGCGCAUUGCCCAAGUAUGCCUUCAGUGCCGCCGCAGGGCUGCCCGGUUCUUCUGGGCGGCUGAGGGGCGUCAGCAGCCCUAGGACAGUUGGCACUACGUUCCAGCCUUGGCCGCAAAAUGACCCUGCGAUUGAGGACUUUGGGACACCAGAAGAUGUGCUCAUGGCAGUCGUUGACUCGUAUUUUACUUACUGCCAGAAUCAGCCCUAUUCGUUCUUUCACGAAGAAACCUUCCGGCAGGGCUUGGCUCAACAGGCCAUCCCGAAACACCUAGUCCUAACCGUCAUGGCGACUGCGGUUCGGUUCUGCUCGCACCCGUACUAUUCGGGGCGUGCGUUGGAGAUGUCUGUCGAAUAUGCUAAUAGGUCUUGGAAACUCAUUGUGUCGGGCUGUUUUACAGUGGGUAAGGUGGCAGAGGUGUCUACUGUCCAGACAGUCGCCUUGUUAGGUUUGUUUGACUUUACCGCCGGUCAAUUACGCCAUGGCUCAGCGUGGGUCAAAGUUGGCCUGGCCGUCAGGAUCGCGCAGGAUUGUGGGCUCAUGCUAGAGAACGCAGAGCAUCUCUCGAAUUCCCAGCAGGACGAGCGACGACGGGUGUUCUGGUCAGUAUAUACGUUGGAUCGCCUAGUAUCGUGCGGUCGAGGCAGACCACCAGCCAUCGUUGAUGCGUCGUGCCACCUACAGCUGCCGUGUGAUGAGUCGAUCUGGAGGGAGGGCUUAUGGGCCAAGACACAAUCGUUGGACGAGAUGACGAACCGAACUCUCUCGAUAUCUCAACGCCAAUGUCCUUUGGCGCAGGUCAUUGCUAUUGCGCAGAUCCUUGGCCGAUGCGCGCAAUAUGUACUUCAAGACUUUAACAUCAGAGGCCCGCAUCCGCCUUGGGAUCCUGGCUCAGACUUCGCCGGUAUUGAAUCCGAUCUUCUUCAUUUCGAAGCAUAUCUGGAGAUACAGAGGCCAAUCGACGAGAUACUCUCACCUUAUAUCUUAGCCGAAGGCGUCGUAGACAGCCAGUCCUCUGGCCCGAUUAUCUUCUCUCGGGCAUUAUUCCACCUCUGUUAUUGUCUACUUAACCAUCCCUUCCUACUACGGCGCCGCAUCAACACAUGCCGGAAUCUUGCUCCUAUCAGCUUUAUCAAGCGAUCAUUUGACUUGGCCUGGCUUCACGCCCAGCAGAUGAUGGCUCUUAUCCGCGAGUCGCGCAAACUGGGCUGCUCAUUCCACUCCUCAUCUAGCGGCUAUGCUGUCACAGUUGCAGGCUCCAUUAUCGCGCUCCGGACCUAUGACGAGCACUCGCCGACUUCCCAAGAGGCUCAGAUGUUGCUCGACGAGGCUUUGGGCUAUCUGGAUAUCAUCGGUCAUCACUGGAGUAAUGUCAGAACAAUGGUGACGUACUAG